UUCUUCACCGAUUCCUUGCGAGGAUGAGGUAAACCCCUUCCACUCCCUCUUCUUUCUUCUUCUCUUUAUAUUUUGUGAUUUUUAGUCCUUCCCGUUCUGCAUCACCCUCUUCUCAGGUAGACAGGAGCACACUUUUUCUCAACCUUUCUCCUUAAGACUGUUUGAAUUUAAGAUAGACUAGUUAAUGGGUGUCUCACUUGGACAUAAGCUCUCAAUAACUGCUCCUAAAUAACAUACUUCAUUUUUUUUUAAUAGAGACACGCACGAUCUGAAAAGUUACUGCAUGAAGGGAGGCUUAAAGUCAUGCUCGGAAAUGAUGGGAAAGUUGAGGGAGAGACCCAUCUAGAGAAGCAAGCUCAAACUGUAGCUACUGCACAGUCUUACCAGAAGACAUCUAAUUCAAGGAGGAAUCACAAAAAGUGGCAGAAACCGAGGAAGAGGUCAAAGAACGAGGAAAGAGCAGGGCAAGAAAUUGGUUGCAGAACAGUGGCAAGAGUUUAUGGUGAAGAAAGAGACUGUUCGAGCGCCAUUGAAGAACAUAGUUUGUUUAUGAGCAAUGAAUCCAUAAAACAACAGUGGUCUGCGGUCUGUGUUAGCUUCAGUUCUGGCAAUGGACCUUCAACAGUGUUACAUAUGGCUUCAAUUUUAGCAUCUCCAAAGUGCCGUUUAACUGCUGAUUAUUGCAUCUUGGCGUGA